AUGAUUCGGGAACACCAGCGGUUAGAGGAAACGCUACGACGUGGUCUUGCCGCCGCCAAGCACACACUUGUUCGUGAUGAAGAAGGACAAGGCUUAAUGGUCGGGAUUCUACGCCUGGCAUUACAGCGCGAACGACUGAGCUCGCAGAAUACGGAGCUCCGUGCAGCCCUUGCGCGUCACUUCGAGUUUCUGAAACGGCUUUCAAACACAAGCUUUCAUGUUUUCAAUGAAGAUCACAGUGACUCGAAUGACACGGGACAGGAACGAAGUCACCUCGGAGCCAUGCAUUCUGGCAACAACCCCGAGUACAGAGAUGGAGGAUGGUGGGUGCAUUUCGCGGACAACUCACCUCCCUUUUAUUUCAACCCGUUCUCACGUGACAUUGUUGACAAGUCCGACCCGUUCGAUUCCAAAUUGACCAAACAUUGA